AUGUCCUCCACUGAUCAUCCGUCGGCAGUAAGCCCACCGGCGCUUCCCCCUACACCCCAGCAGUCCCGCUUCCCCCACACAACGCAUGUGUUCUUCCACCCAGCGCUUCUUCCAGCACGCCCGGGGCAGCCCAACCCGGCCGGAUACGAAUUCAUAGAUACAAUGGAGACCCAGCCGUUGCAUGGGCUCCGGCGCGACUCAGCACUUCUUCCAGAACGCCCGGCCCGGCCCAAUCGUCGUCGCCGAUACCCGUCCAUUCCACUCCAGUCGCUCCCACCCAGCUUGGGCACCCCACACGGUCCCCCCGCGGCGGCAUCCUCUCCCGUGCCGGCACCCUCCCCCGUGGUGCCCUCCUCCCCCGUCGCGCCACCGAGCAACACCGCGGACGCCACCCGCCCCCCCCCCACGAGCACCGAGCAGACCACCGCCACAGCACUUAGCUUCCUCCCGCCGCCGCCGCCGCCGCCGCCCCCGCCGACCCCCUCCACCACUUGCCCACCACCGCCCGCCGACAGCACAGGGCCCACACCGCCCGCGCCCGCCACCACCGUCCCCACCGACUCCACCGCCUGCUCAAUCCUCCUCUGCACCCACUCGUUAUCACGCGCGCGCGCCCCGCGCAACCACCGCAUCGCCGUCUUCCGCGCCCACCCCCGCGGCGAAAACACCACCGACACAGCCCUCUUUCUUUCCUUCCGCCGCAUCUACAACGCCGAGCUCCGCUCCUUUUGGCAGCGCUUCUUCUCCCUGCGCGGGCUCAAGUACAUCAGCAUCGUCGAGUACACACACCCCGAGGCACCGGUGCUUCUGCUGCUCGACGCGGCCUCGCGCAACAGCAUCAUGUACGCCUUCAACAAGCCGCACAAGCUGCGCUCGGGCGGCGCCUGGGUCGACUGGGUGUUUGCGCUCAAAGCGCAGCCGCCGCGCCGCUUCGGGCUCGAGUUUGUGCAGGGCUGGGACGCGCGCAAGAUUGUGAUGCUGGCAGCGGUGCCGUGGGUGGCCAGCGUGUUUACGGCUGUGCUGUGGAGCGCGCUGAUGGGCGAUGUGCAGGCCGGCAUGGCGGUGGCGAGCUAUAUAUUGACGGCGAGCGGAGGGGUGCUGGCGCUGCUGGGCAUUGUGAGUACGUUGGAGGGGUAG